CGGUAGUGCACCAAUUCGCUGGAUGCCAACCGCCGUAAAGCUAUAAGAAGAAGAAGGAAAACGAGUAAGACGAACGCAAAUCACGGCGCUCAUAAACAUUAUUUACUAUAUUUAUCCUUAAGUUCUGAGAGAUUUCUGAAGAAUACAAAGAAAAUCAUUGCGGAGAACCUGCAUAAAUACGAAACUGGCUCCUCCACUGCCUGUUACGAUGCCUGCUCUACUGGAGAGACCAAAGCUGUCCAAUGCGAUGGCCAGAGCCCUACAUAAGCAUAUCAUGAAAGAGAGAGAGAGGAAAAGACAAGAAGAGGAAGAAGUGGAUAAGAUGAUGGAACAAAAACUGAAAGAAGAGGAGGAAAGGAAACGAACUAAAGAAAUGGAGGAGCAAAUGUCUUUGGAAGAAACUAAAGAACAGGUUCAAAAAAUGGGGGAAAAAUUGCAGAUUUUGCAAGAGGAGAAACAUCAUCUCUUCUUACAGCUUAAAAAAGUGCUUCAUGAGGAGGAGAAGCGUAGAAGAAAGGAGCAACGUGAUAUUACAACACUGCCCUCAGCCGGUUACCAGCCCAGCUUAACUCUGCACUCAGGACAGCAUCUACUCAGCAUACAAGGCAGUCCAGUGAGUCACAAUAGAGCUGGUGCUCUAUUAGGGGAGCGCAGUAAACAGCUGUUUCAGACACCUCUGAUGCCUGGCCAUCACUUCCCAGGCCAGCCAGGUUUUCCCCCUGGUUCCUCUGAGUAUGGGCAGUUCUCGAGUAGCACUGCCAUCCAUGAGCCAUUUGCUGUCACUCAGGCCCAGCAUCACACCUCUUAUGGACCUGCUGCUUCUGUGCCCAUCAGUUUUGCAGGCACCACCCAGAUAAGAGGGGCAUCACCAUUCCAGAGCAUGCCAUUCCUGCCUCAAGGUUAUGCUGUCCACAGCCAUUUCACCACCCAGCCAGGAUUCAUCCCUAGUGCUAGUAUCCCCCUCCAGAAACAGCUUGAACAUGCCAAUCAGCAGUCUGGCUUUACUGACUCAGCUGCUCUUAGACCCAUCCAUCCACAGGCUUUACAUGUGAGUGCAACCGGUCUGAUGCCCACUCCAACCAUGGCUGUCCAGAUCCCUGCUGCCAAUGCUCCAUUCCAGAAUUCAUCUCAACCAGCAUCACGGCAUGCUUUCCUCCCUCACACUGGACAGAGAUUCUUUCACCAUGGAAAACCUCAUUAGCUUCUAAAAGUAUAAUAUUUACAAGGUACCAGGCUACAGAAAACUCUUUUCUGAGGCUCACCUUAAGAGAGCUGAAAGCCACUUCUUUUGAAUUUGUUUUUCUAACAUUGUAAUAAAUGACCCAUGCAGCAAAUAUUGCUGGUUUAUAAACAUUGUUGAUAAUAAAUAAUAAGGAAUUGUCUUACACUUGAUGAAUCUAAGAAAAGAUGUCAUGGUUUUCUGAUGGUUAAUAAUAAAAAAAAAAAAACAGGUGCUACUGUAUGUCAGAGGAUUGACAUAAAACUCAAGAGCCAAAGGUUGAACAACAAAUCACUGUCUGUGUAUUUUAACUUAAAGUUUAAAGUGUUAAUAAUGCAAAUGAGAUCCUCCCACAUUACAUAAAUACUUUACCAAACAACAGUUAAGUUUGUCUUUUAAUGCCUUUUUCUUGGAGUUUGCCAACAGCAGCCAAUAUGGUCAAUAUAUUACAACACCAGAAUGCAUCAGAAACAGAAAUAAAGACAUGAUUUAUAUGUGCUCUUUUUAAUAUUGGGUUGUCUUGUUAGAAACCAAAUUUGUAUUUAUUUUUGUCUUAAUCACAGUAUUGGAACAAACAAAAAAACUUAACUUACUGUAGUCAAGUCAAGGGUAAUGUGCAUGACUGUCAAAUCAGGCCUGCAUAGGAUAUGACUGAUUUUAAAGGGGAGAAGUACCAUUUUUUCAAAAUGUCAUCAAACCCUCAAAUUUAAAAGACAGGAAUUGGGGUACUUGAUUGUUUGUCCUUCAAACAUGAACAGCAAGCAUUAAGCAAAGCACUACAGGUCGAGACUGAGUACAUUAUAGGCAGAAGUAUGUGUCUGUUUAUUUCUACUAAAGAUAAGGCUAAUGAAACCUCCUUCCACUUCAGAACAUACUCAAACAGCCAAAACUUGGGAAAUUUUGAUAAAAUGGUGAUGCUGGCUUUCCCUGUGUUAUCAGUCUUAUCAGGGGAGAGGGAGUGUGGGGAGAGAGGGGGAGGAGCAAAAAGUGAUCCAAAGUCUUACUGCAUCAUCCAUCUAUAUACACCAAGUUGUGUGAUAUUGUCACCCCCUGCCAAGGGUAUUUUGCUUUAAGCUACUGGAAGAUAAAAGGGAAGUUAAGCAGAGCACUUGGUCCUGUAGUGAAGACACAAAACUGCAUCCUAUAACUCGCGUCAUUGCCUUUGUAUCGGUCAUUUACAGGAGAUUCUGCACUGGAGUUUUUUUACCCUCCCUUUGCACUAUAAUUGCUCAUAAAUAAAAUUAACCACAUAACAGACCUCUUAUAGCUAUUUACCAUUGUGAUUUAAGUUAGCAAAGAACAUAUGAGGGGUAGUUAUCUUAAAA